GCAAAAUUCACUGGAACACUUUCACUGGUUGAUUUAUUGGCAUCUCUGCUGCGCGGCAACAUUCGCAAAGAACUUACACGAGCUUGUCGCAUAGCAACGCAAUCUUUUGCACUUUCUUUGGGCUUUGUUAGUUACCGGGAAAGAUGGCGGACACAGUUCAAUACCUUAUGGAACAAAUGAUCCCGGAGCUGGAGGACUUGGAACAAAAGGGAUACUUCUCGCGUGCUGAGAUCAAGAAAAUAGUCCAGAAGCGGCAAAACUUUGAAUACUUAUUAAAACGACGCGCUGCGCUGAAAGAGGACUUCUACAGGUACAUCGAAUUUGAGGCGAAGCUUGAGGAGCUUCGGCAAAUCCGCAAGCAGAAGUUGGGCAUUAAGGGGAAGAAGUCGCUCGCCGAGGUGGCUAUCGUGCGCCGCAUCCACUUUAUCUUUGAGCGCGCCGGUCGCAAGUUCCGGAGCGACCUAGGCCUGUGGAUGCGCUGGAUCGAGGUGUGCAAGCAGUACAAGAGCACCAAGCAGCUGUCAAAGGUGAUCACCAAGGCGCUGCAGCGGCACUCCACGGUCUCGGAGCUGUGGAUCGAGGCGGCCAGAUGGGAGUUCGACCAGAACAACGACAUCUCGGCUGCCCGCACGCUGAUGCAGCAGGGCAUCCGCAUGUGCAAGCAGGACGAGGCCAUCUGGGUGGCCUACUACCGCCUGGAGCUGCUGUACGCGCUCAAGCUGCGUGUGCGGCGCAAGGUGCUGGGGCUGGACGACCCGGCAGCCUCGGGCGGCGCGGAGGGCGAGGGCGACGCCUCUGCAGCGGCUGUGCGGGAGGUGAUGCGGGGUGGUGUGGCUCGCAUCGUGUUCAAGAACGCGGUGGCGACGCUGCCGGGGCGGCUGGCCUUCCGCGCUCGCUUCCUGGGGGUGCUGCGCGGCUUCGAGAUGGGCUUCGUGGAGGGGCUGGUGGAGCAGGUGUACGACAGCAUCCGGCAGGACUUCAGCCAGGUGCCUGAGGCCUGGGACCUGCUCGCACGCCGCCACAUCGACUUCCCUACCCUCCGGAAAGAAGCCAGCUCGCAGCAGCCCCAGCAGCAGCAACCACCCGAGCCCCAGCCCCUCACAGAGGAGGAGGAGGUGGCGGCGGCGGAGCGGCAGCUAGAGCGGCAGGAGCGCGCCGACGCGACCGGGCCGGCGCAGCAAGACCCUGCCGGGCCCUGGGACGCGGACGCGCACCAGCGGGUGUGUGCUUUGUUUGAGGAGGGGCUGGCCGCGGUGCCCGGUGCGCGCAUGUACCAGCUGUUCGCGGGCUACCUGAGUGGGGCGCUGGAGGGGCUGCUGGCGGGCGGAGCGGGCGAGGCGGCGCUGGCGGCGGGUGUGGAGGUGGCUGCGCAGCUGUUUGGGGUGCUGCAGCGGGCGCACUCGGGCGGGUGCAGCACGGCGGAGACGUACCUGACGUGGGUGGACUGGGCGGAGAAGGUGCAGCAACACAAGAUGGCGCUCAAGGCGGCUCGCAAGGGCUGCGAGCGCUUCCCCUCCGACGUGGCUAUGUGGCGCCGCCGCCUGCAGCUGGAGUCCGCCCUGGCGACCGCCUCCUCCUCCUCCUCCCAGCACCCCCACCCCGACCAGCAGCAGCAGGCGGGCGGGCUGCUGGCUACCUUCACCGCCGCGCUGCAGGCCACGCAGCCGGAGCAGGCGGUGGAGGUGUGGCAGAUGGCGGUGGAGGCGGUGCCGGCGGCGGGGGGGCCCGCGUGGGGGCGGCUGGCGGACAUGCUGGCGGCCGCGUGCGCCAAGGUGGCCAAGAGGAACCCCAGUGGGGGGCUGGGCAGCGUGGCGGCGGCCAUGGUGGAGAAGGCCAGGCUCUCCCUGGGUGCGGAUGCCGCACGGCAACUGUACGGCAAGCUGCUAGCGGUGCCGGGUGCCGGCGGCGACCUCUACCGCUGCGCCAUCCGCCUGGAGCGCGAGGAGCUGCAGCAGCAGCAGCAGCCUGAGGCAGCGGCCCCCGCGCCGCCACCCAAGCAGGCCCUCAAGCGCAUCACUGACCUGUACGAGGCGGCGGUGGCGGCGCACGGCAAGACGGAGACGGACCUGUGGAUCGACUACGCGCAGUGGCUGGUGCGGUGCGGCAAGGGCGCGGGUCAGGUGUAUUGGCGGGCCACGAAGGAGCUGGAGGACCCGGAUGCGUUCAUUGCGCAGUACCGGCAGGCGCUGCAGCAGUAGGGGGGUGCGGCAGGAGUAGGGGUAGGGGCGGGGGUUGUGGCUUGAGGAGUGGUUGGUUAGUUGAGAGUACCGGUAAUUAGAGGAGUAGGCUGUACCGGUAGUAGGCAGUGAUGGUCGGCAUGGGGUGUAGGGGGUAGGGGUUGGUAUGCGGUGGUGCGGGAUGUGUGUGCAUGGAGCAUUGACGUCCGUAGACAUACGGGUUCGCGGGUAGUGGCCAGUCCCCAGUCGUUGGGUUUACUGGUUUGGGUGCGGUAACGGUUGGAAGUGGGCGGCACUGGUGUCUGCAUACGUAACGCAGCUCGCGUUCAUCCUGAUAUCAUGUAGCGAAUCCUUGCUUAAGUGUGAAUCGACUUCGUGCUUGGACCGUCGUGGGCAGUAAUUUUAGCUCGUCACUCGCCAAGGGUGGGACUGGGCUAUGGUGUCUGCUCGUGUCCGACUGCCCAGCUUUGCGUUAAUCACACGAUUGGGCUGAGCUUGUGUCGCUGACACGAGUGUCUGGACCGAACCGUACUUGGCAGCAGAUCAGCCUGGGGCCUGCACGGCAAGGUGCGGCUGUCAUGGCACGUCCGACUGGUACUUUGCGCAUCGCCAUAUGAUAAAAGCGCAAGUCAAUGUCAACACCA